GGCGGGUCCUGUCCUAUGGAGAACGUGGGGACCGCUGCCGAGGCGAAGGCAGUGCUCUGGGCCAAGUCGGAGGGAGCCCUCUGUCCCCCAGGCCCCGCCAUGGGGAAGACCAACAGCAAGCUGGCCCCCGAGGUGCUGGAGGACCUGGUUCAGAACACGGAGUUCAGCGAGCAGGAGCUGAAGCAGUGGUACAAGGGCUUCCUGAAGGACUGCCCCAGCGGCAUCCUCAACCUGGAGGAGUUCCAGCAGCUCUACAUCAAGGGGACACACUACGGCGACGCCUCCAAGUUCGCGCAGCACGCUUUCCGCACCUUCGACAAGAAUGGCGACGGCACCAUCGACUUCCGGGAGUUCAUCUGCGCCCUGUCGGUCACCUCCCGCGGCAGCUUCGAGCAGAAACUCAACUGGGCCUUUGAGAUGUACGACCUGGACGGAGACGGGCGCAUCACGCGUCUGGAGAUGCUGGAGAUCAUCGAGGCUAUCUACAAGAUGGUGGGCACCGUGAUCAUGAUGCGCAUGAACCAGGAUGGGCUCACGCCCCAGCAGCGUGUGGACAAGAUCUUCAAGAAGAUGGACCAGGAUAAGGAUGACCAGAUUACACUGGAGGAGUUCAAGGAGGCGGCCAAGAGUGACCCAUCCAUUGUGUUGUUGCUGCAGUGUGACAUGCAGAAGUAGAGGCUGGUGAGGGGCAGGGCCCCUGGGCAGGAGGGGCAGGGACCCCUCCCAACCUAAUGACCUCUCUGGCUGGCCCUUCCCCAGGGGGAGGGACACUCCAGCCUCAUUCUCUGGCCCACCCACUCCUCUGCCCAUGCCUUUCCUCCGCUCAUUCAAGAUCCUCGAGGGACCACCUCACCCUGCAAAAGAGACAGGUCCUCUGGUGUCCUGUUGUCUAGCCCCACCCCCAGCCUUGGCCCAGAACCAACAUCCAUUGGGCAUAGGAGAGUUGGCUUUUGUCCCAAGAGGCAGGGUUAAGGAGGGGGGGCCUGGGUCCUACAUUGAAAUUCUGUUGCUCCUGGGAUUAUGCUUUAUAGAAUAUGGUCCCACAGGCCCUAGUUAAAGGGCCAAAUUGGGUCUGUCCUAUCUGAGGGCCCCGAUUCCUUAAAGGCGAUCUCUGCCCUACCCCCUCGAUUCUACCUGGCCCCUCUGGCCUCUGCCUUUGGAGCAUUCAUUCAGUCCUUUCCUCAGCCAGUGUUUAUUGAGCACUUGUUCGAUGCCGGCACCUCUAGGUGCUAAGGAUAUAGUAGUUUACAAGAUAUAUUCCGUGUCCUCUGGAAGCUCACAGUGGUCAAGGUCCUAGACAGGGAUGUUCAGCACAGCUGAGCAGAGGUGCAGUGAGGCUGCUUAGCUUAAGAGGAGCUAUUACACCUUCCAGCUCAGCUCCACACAAAGCUGCAGGAGGAUGAAAUGAAAAGCAUUUCCUAAGAGACAUGUGAAUGAAAGUUUCAAGAAAAAUGGAAAUUUAUUCUAAUACUUAUUUUUCUAGUACCCUUUAAAAGAGCUAAAGUCAUUUUAUUAGCUUAGGAUAUUAAAAUGUACUCUAUAUUACUUGGUUUCUUAUAAAGUGAUCAAAUGAAUGUAGAAAAUGCUAAUUAUCAGGGGCCGGGGGAAAGCUGAGGAAAAAAGGGGAAAAUGCCACCAAACUUACCAGAUAACACUUUUUCUUAACAGGCUAAGUCCCAAGUCAUCACCAUGAGUAGUUUUUGCAGCUUCUGCUGUUUCCUUUUUAUUACCUUUUUCAAUUCAACAAGCAACUCUCUAUUCCACACUUACUCUGGUUGGGUGCUGACUUCAGAGACAGAAAAAACAAGGUUUGCCGAGAAUGAGACAAGUGUAUAUCCUACAUCUUGAUAGUUCGUUUCUGGAUUUGGUUUAGUUUCAGUGAUGGGCUUGUUCUUUCACUGCUACAGAAGCAGAAGGAGCUAAAAGAAAAGGACCACCUGGCCACUGUUUAGGCUCCCAGGCUGGAUUUAUGGACCAAAUGCCUAAAAUAUGCUGGGCAUGCUCCAUUUGAAAGGCUUUUCUAAAUCCUAGAUCUGCCAGGUAAUUCAUCAUCUUACAAGUGCACUCUCUGCUUUCCAAUGCCUGCUCUCCAAUUUUGGAUCCAUGAGCUAUUCAGCUGCAUGCUUUGACUGCCAGAAAAUUUCAUCUGCUUCUUCAUCGAGUCUUUCACUUUACUUUCUCCUGUAUUUAUGAUCAGAAAUGAGCUUUGAUGUGCAGUGACUGUUGAUUUCCUCUUGAAUUGCUGGUGAAAACAGUCUAGUACACAGGCGUGUCAGCCCGGGGUGAGAGUAGGGAAUGAUUGCUGAGCUAGGGCCUGGGGUAGCUGGGAUUGCAUCUGUAGGAAAGAGAUGCACCAUGCCCCUCGCUUCUGAGUGCUCACCUAUCCUGCCUCUCUGCAGGUGGAAACCCUUGGGGAUGUUGACCUUUGGUCCUAAGCUCUAUUCAACCUUCCUUCUUGUGGCCCUUGGAAGUGGUAAGGCCACUGGGUUGCCACCCUCUUUCUAUCCUGUGACAGUCACAUGGUGAGGCUGGGGAAUGGACAUCCUCAGUCAGUAACUAGCAGGUAUUUAUCCAAGGGAUGUCCAUUGCUCUCAGGAGCUGGCUAUUAGGUGUGUCUUGUGCUGUCAGUCAGCACCACAGACACAUGGAUACUCAACAGCCUGACUCACCUGUGACCUGAUUCUUCUGGUGGAGGUUUUUUUACCAAGCGGGGUUCCUUCCCCUGCAAAUGUCAAAUCCAACCUCAUUCACAAUCACACAGAAGUUCAUGGCUUUGAAAGGCUCGUAGGGAUUUUCAUUCUCUUUCUCCAGACUUGAAAGCUGGUUCAGAGAGGGGGAGUCCCUUGUGCAAGAGCACACAGUCAAGAGGUGACACAGUGCCAAGACUUGAACCUAAGGUUCUAAGAGGAUUUCUUCCCUUCAGAGUCUCUUCUCUGCUCGUUUCUGUGACUGAGUUGUGCAGAGGUUGAGUGUGGCACAAGCCAAAUUGGUUUUCGUCUUUUUUUUUUUUUUUU